AUGAACGUCAGCAAUGAUCCGACAGCAAACGUGACUUCUGACGUUAGCUCCAUCGAAUGGUCAACUCAUGACGCGUCGUUAUCGACUUUGAAGAUCCAGAUCAACGAUUACGAUACGUAUCAGUCUUAUCCCUCAAAGCUUGAUCAACUCUAUACGAAAGUUUCUCAGGUCCCCGUCAUCAGAAUCUACGGGUCAGUAUCGGUUGGACAUGAAAACAAACAGCAUACUAACCUGGCUAGAAAGAAGUGCAAGAUUGGUGAGAGUGCAGGAGCCUCCGCCGCCGCGGCCGCCGCCGCGUCGUCGUUGUCAGUUUUCAAUAUAAUCAUUCACGUUCAUAAUUUCUACCCCUACUUUUAUGUGGACUGCCAGGAUACAGAUUAUGAGAAAUUGCAGAGUCCAGAGUAUAUAAAUGAGGUGAUCGAGUUUCUCGAGAAUGUGAUGAGGGCUUCGUUCAAGAAGCGCCGAGGUCGUAAGGGCACCGAGGAGCAAGAGUUGGAGUUGGAAGAAGACGCGGAAGAAGACGCGGAAGAAGCAGAAGCAGAAGCAGAGGUACGAGUACAGACAACUAGCUCAUUGAGAAAUGCUAAACUCCGCAGAUACAUUGCAAACGUUUCAAUUUGUAAAGCAGUUCCAAUCUAUGGGUUUCAAUUGGGGUAUAAGCUAUGUUACAAGAUAUCGUUGCUCUCGCCCUUGUACAAAAACCGGCUUGCAAGGAUGUUUCAAGAAAACAAGAUUAGCUUGGUUGACUUUAACAAGGUGUCGCUGCCUGUAACAUUGCAGCAGGAGGAGGAGGAGGAGGAGGUAAAAGAGGAAAAGAAGAGCAACAAAAAACCAUCUUAUUCAUACACUUAUGAGGUCCAUAUCCCUUUUCUCCUCCAAUUCUUGACGGAUUACAAUCUAUUUGGUUGUGGAUGGUUGUAUGUGGAUCGAGAUGCCGCUGGAUUUGGACCUCAAACGCGUGCGUUAUACUUUAGAACUCCGAUAUUCACAGAGACAUUGAAAAAUGUCUACACACCGGCUCAGCUACUGUCACUAACAAAGUUUCUAGGCAAGUUUAUUCUACCUGACAAUGUGCUUGUCGAUGGCGGUAAUUACCAAAGUUUUAAAAGGAUGGGGAAAUCAAUGUUGGAAGUGGACAUUACAACGAAUGGAAUAAUCAACCGAAGCUGGCUUACACCGAGGGAGUUACAUGAUGAUUUCACUGAAAGAGAGAAUUUUAAAAGUUACAAAGCGGAUCUCGAAUUAUUUGGAUUUCCAAAACACGGUUACAAGCACGAACUUGAUGGAAGCCCCAAAAUCUAUCUCUCCUCUUUGAAACACAUUUACAAUGAUUUAAAGUACCAGUGUCGUUUGAAAAAUUCCACCUAUGACGUUUCGGUUGACGUUUUGGAAUCGUCAACGAGAAGCUAUUUCGGUAAUGGCACCACCAAGUGGUCAAAUCAGGGCCAGCUAGAUGAGUUGUUGGAGUUUAUGAUUUUUGUAAAUGGGGAGCUGAAGUACGAUUUUGGCAAUUUUGCAAGCAAGGUUAUAAAAAGCAGCAAAAGUGACAAAAUUGGUAUCAUAAAUGAAUUUCCUACGUCUUUCAACUUGGUUGAUAUUGAAAAGAGACAUCAGUUGCACAAACAUAGGAUGAUAUUUGGUGAUGACAUUUUAAUCUGGGGUGAGUAUAACGACAUAUUUAAAUUGCUGCAGCGUCAUAAAAGCUUGGCUUCUUCACCAUUGCAAAAUGGUUCACAGCAAUUUGAAAUGAACUUGCCUUUGCUAGAGAGCGACGGAGAAAAGGACAGCGAAGAAAUGGAGUUGGAAUCGGUUGAGGAUGAGGAUGAGGAUGAGGGUGAGGAUGAGGGUGAGGAUGUAGAAGAGGUUUCCGAUGAGGAUGCUGAUGAGGAUGCUGAUGAAGAUGUGGAUGCUAACAACAGAGUGGAUGCUAACAACGGAGUGGAUGAGCAAAAACAUCCAAAUCCUGACGUGCUUAGAGCUUCAACAGACGAGGGCACUACUCCCGAACCGUUACCGUCUUGUAUCAAGAAACACGACAAUUCAGUGAGUCCAUCCUCUCAACUUAACUUGACCGACGAGCUGACCCUUCCUGGAAACAAUGAUGAGGACGAAAUGAAAGACUACGAGUCGGCAGAAGAGUUUGAUGCGGCAGUCGUGAGGUCAAUGACAAUGACAAUGGCAAUGACGCAAGCCAAGAGCCAAAUCGAAACCCGCAAGAACACAAGCGAUGCAAGCGAUUUGAUGUCCUCGUUGGACAACUUUUUAUCAACGCCAAACCCAACGUCAAAUACAUUCCCGAUUUUAAAAAACUUGGAAAUUGGACCCAAUAUGUACAAUGUAAAGGUCCCCUUUGAGUUGAGAAAAGGAAACUGCAAAAGUGUGUUUGAGUCCUCGGGAACUUCGGAGAUUAACUAUACCGAUCCGUUUUACUAUAUGGCCGAUGACCUUCCUAGCAGGCCUUUUAUUUUUGCCAACCAGAAGAUAAAACCUCCAGUAAAGAAUAAGCUGACUAUACCGACUAUAAAUUUGAUUCGUCUGGAAGACUUGGAGCCACCAAAGAGUGUCCCCACUAUGGACAGAGUCGCGACUUGGCAAUAUCUCCCUACUGCGCCAUCUAAAAAGGCCAUCACAUCUUGGCUCGUGGAGGAAGAGGCAAAAAAUAUAAAAAAGCAGCAACGCUAUAGGUCUCAGAUCGAGGUUGGUACAACCCAAUGGAAUGAUUUCAAGUAUAGUUACAACUCGGAAAAGGUUGCCAGGAAGCCAGACGAAUUCAAUUACCUAACUUGCUUCCACAUGGAGAUACACGCGAACCCUCCAAAUUCGAAACUUUCAGUUGACCCUUUGCGUGAUCCAAUCAUUUUCAUCUUUUAUUCCUUUGAUGACGCCAACGGCAUGUUUGACAGUUUUAAUUACAGGUCGGGAGUGUUGGUUUACAACAAUCAAAAGUUGAAAGUGGACCUCCUCCAACGGUUGGGGAAAUUGCUUGGACAGCACAUUGACAUUUUUGAAGACGAGCAAAAAAUGGUGGCAAGGCUCGUUGAGCUCGUUGAAAUUUUUGAUCCAGAUAUUUUGUCAGGGUAUGAAGUAAACGCCCUCUCUUGGGGUUACAUUGUUGAGCGAUGUAGAGGAGUCUUUGACACCAACAUCUUGAGUGACCUAAGCAGGGGAUCGCAUAGGAGUAAUGGAAAGAUGGGUGACAAGUGGGGGUAUACACACACGGCCAACAUUGAAAUAAAUGGCAGGCAUGUCUUGAAUGUGUGGAGAAUUUUAAAGUCGGACAUGGCUCUCACAAGCUAUACUUUGGAGAAUGUUUGUUACCAUUUGUUGCACCGUUCAUUGCCAAGGUACCUGCCCCAUCAGCUCUCGCUGUGGAUUCAAAGUGAUAACUUCCAAAACUUGUAUGUGGUUAUCUCGUACUUUGUCGAGCGGGUUCGAUUGACUUUGAAGAUUAUAGAAGUUCAGGAGUUGAUUACGAGAAACGUGGAGCAUUCGAGGUUGAUUGGAAUCGAAUUCAACUCCAAUUUUUAUCGUGGUUCACAGUACAAAGUUGAGUCUAUUUUGGCACGGAUCACAAAGCUGGAGAACUUGUUGUUGAACUCCCCUUCCAAGUACCAAGUUCAUGAAAUGAGACCCAUUGAAUGCAUUCCACUAGUGAUGGAGCCAAGAUCCAAUUUUUACAAAUCGCCUUUGGUGGUUUUGGAUUUCCAAUCCUUGUACCCUUCGAUCAUGAUUGCCUACAACUACUGCUUUUCCACAAUAAUUGGCAAAUUGCACAACUUCAAGUCGAACAAGAACAAUAUCGGGUACUUGAAGAACUUGAACUUACCAUCGGGUAUCAUUGAUUUGUUGAAAAAUGACGAUGCCAUUAAUGUCUCGCCAAACGGUUUUGCCUUUGUCAAAAGUUCAGUUCGCAAGUCGGUGUUGGCAAAGAUGUUGGAAGAGAUUUUAAAUAUCCGUUUGAAAACAAAACACGUGAUGAAAUUAUUUGGAGAUGACACAGAGUUGAAAAAAUUGUACAAUUCGAGGCAGACGGCAUUGAAAUUGAUUGCUAAUGUUACUUAUGGCUACGCUUCUGCCACGUUCAGCGGGAGGAUGCCCAAUCCAGACAUUGCCGAUGCAAUUGUUUCAAGCGGGAGAGAGAUUUUGGAAAAGUCCGUUGAGUUGAUUGAAAAUGGCGGCCACGGAGCAAAAGUUGUUUAUGGGGAUACAGACUCGUUGUUUGUCUAUUUUCCUGGGAAAUCGAAAGCCGAAGCAUUCAAGCUGGGUCGAGAAAUUGCCAAAAUUGUAACCGAUUAUUUUCCCGACCCUAUUAAGCUCCAAUUUGAAAAAGUAUACCACCCAUGUGUCUUGUUGGCCAAGAAAAGAUAUGUUGGCUACUCGUUUGAAUCCGAAACCCAGGAGAUGCCAAAGUUUGACGCCAAAGGUAUCGAAACCGUGCGAAGGGAUGGUAUACCUGCUCAGCAAAAAGUCACUGAAAAGGCGUUGAGAAUUUUGUUUGAAACCCAGAACUUGUCCAAGGUUAAGAAUUACACGUUGAAGCAGUUUUACAAAAUAAUGACCAACAAGAUAUCAAUCAAUGACUUCUGUUUUGCGAAAGCGGUCAAGUAUGGAGCUUACAAGGAUGAGCGUUAUUUGCCACCUGGUGCGUUGUUGGCGAGCAAAGCCGUCGAAGAGGAUCCAAGAAAAGAGCCCCAGUACAAGGAGCGGAUCCCCUAUGUUGUAGUUCGAGACCCGACAAAGACCAGAAUCAAAGACCGUGUGAUGUUCCCUGAAGAUUUCAUAAGUUCUUUCAGUACGAUAAAACCAUUGAUGCUCGAUUACGAGUAUUAUAUUACGCGAGUGCUAAUCCCGCCUUUGGAGAGAAUCUUUAAUUUAAUGGGGGCGGAUGUUCGCGGCUGGUACAACCAGAUGCCCAAGAUGACCAAGAAUAACCUCACGAAUCCGUAUAACGAUUCUUGUCUAGUCUGCGGGAGCAGGCUAGAUGGUAGUCAGUACAUUUGUCUGAAAUGUUCACAUGAUCCUCAACAACUAGCAACAGAUCUCAUGAUGACUUGCAAAAGCUCGCAGCAGAAACUAGUUGCUCAUGAGAAUACGUGCAAGAAUUGCGUCCAUGGCAUAUUCUUACCUGGUGGCUCUAUGCCGCAAUACACAAACAAUUGUACCAACAGGGACUGUACAGUGUACUUCAACAAAGUAAAGACAGAGCAGGAGAUGAGGCUGGUGAUUAAUAAAAAGGACAAAAUUUUGGAAGAGUUGAAAUGGUAA